UUUCUCUCUCUCUUGCACACAUUAAGUUCAUAUAUCACUCAAACAUCUAACCAAUGAAACCAAAUUAAUCAUCAAAAAAUUGCCUUAUACCCACAAGAAUCCACUAUGACAGAUCCUCAAUCCAAUUCCUUAGAAGAUGAUAGAUUCUUCAACUUCAUGCCUCUCCACCCUCCUCACCACUCUUCUUCAUCUUCUUCCCAAUCCAAUUUGCACCCAUUUGCAUACUUAAACACAAGAUUUCAUCAUCAACAACUACAAUCUGAAGCUUCUUCAUCUUCCUCCGAAUAUCUUCUUCCUACAAAUUCUAAUUCCCCUCCUCUUAAAGAAGCACUUCCUCUCAUAAACAAACUAAGCCUCACAAAUCACCAACAAAACAACCACCACAAGGGUGCACUCCCAUAUCCAGAUUCUAUUAAUUACGAGAACGAAGACAAAGACGAAGACGAAGAAGAGGAUAAUGAAACUGUGGCUGUUGCACUGCGCAUAGGGCUUCCAAGAAUCGAUACUUCUUAUGAUCUUCAACCUUCAAGAAAGGAAGCUAUGGCUGAUGAGAAACAGCAAGAAGAACAAGUGAAUAAUAAUAAUAAUAAUGUGUUUUCUGGAAACCCUUUUGAGAGAUUCAACAAUAACAACAACAACAACAUCAACAAUAAUAAGAGUCACUAUUGGAUUCCCACACCUUCUCAGAUUCUAAUUGGACCUACACAGUUCUCAUGCCCUCUUUGCUCCAAAACCUUCAACAGAUACAACAAUCUUCAGAUGCAUAUGUGGGGACAUGGAUCACAAUACAGAAAGGGACCUGAUUCUCUAAAAGGAACACAACCAACAGCAAUGCUAAGGCUUCCAUGUUUUUGUUGUGAACAAGGUUGCAAGCACAACAUUGACCACCCAAGGGCAAGGCCCUUGAAGGAUUUUAGAACCCUUCAAACACAUUACAAGAGGAAGCAUGGCAUCAAACCCUACUUGUGCCGGAAGUGCCGGAAGUCCUUCGCCGUCAAAGGCGACUGGCGGACGCAUGAGAAGAACUGCGGCAAGGUUUGGUAUUGUUUGUGUGGAUCUGAUUUCAAGCACAAGAGGUCACUUAAGGAUCAUAUUAGAGCCUUUGGAGAUGGACAUGGAGCCUUUGGGAUUCAGAGCUUGCAUGAAUUUGAAGAUGAAGCUCCCUCAGAAGCUGAACAUGAUGGGGAGAGUAGUUCUUUGUGAAAUUUAGAGGAAUAAUUUAACGAACAUGAGGUCAUUUCCUAAUUAAUUAAUUAUUUCAUUCCACAUAUUUAUUUUUUUUGCUUUAAAUUUGCUUGUUGAAUUAUAUAUAAUAGAUUGUAAUUGUAUAAUGAGUUUUGUAAUGUCAAACAGUAUUAGAUUUUUUUGUUUGAGUCGCUAUUUUA